CCAAAAUCUAGUGAUAACCUAGUACAAGCGGCAUACAAAUAUAUCUCAAAUUUUAAUUUAAUUAUAAUGAAUUCAAGUAUUAGAAAUUGUUGCCUUAGUUUUCCUGUGGGUAUUUAUACAAAUACUAUAAAUAUUUGAAAUCGUCGAAAAUUUUUACAUUUUCUCUGUUCAGUUUCAAUUUUUAUUUGAACUAUUGUUUCACGUAAAAGAAGUUUAAUAAAGUUAUUAAAAAAUGUCUGGAUUUGAAACUAGAAAUGAUGGACCUGGAUUUGUUGGCAUACGAUUUUGUCAAGAAUGGUAUUUUAUGUCAAACUUUUAUCGAUAUUAAGUAACAGUUCCAACAAUAUGCUAUAUCCAAAAGAAGAUAAAGAACAUAAGGUUUUACUGUAUGCUUGUCGCAAUUGUGAUCACAGGCAAAUGGCAGAUAGCAAUUGUAUAUAUGUUAAUAAAAUUAUGCAUGAAAUUAAUGAACUUACACAUAUUGUAUCAGAUGUAACAUCUGAUCCCACUUUGCCAAGAUCUGAAGAUCAUCCUUGCCCAAAAUGUAAACAUCGAGAAUCUGUAUUUUUCCAAGCUCAAACUAGACGUGCUGAGGAAGAAAUGAGGCUGUAUUAUGUUUGUACUAAUCCUCAUUGUAUUCAUCGUUGGACAGAAUCUUCAAUUUAAUUAGAAUUAAAUAAAAUUAAAUAAAUAACAAACCCUUAAAUAAUUUAUAUUUUUAACAACAUCCUCUUAUUUCAUAUGUAAUGUUUAUAAAUUAAGCCAAAAUUUUUUUAUAUAAUAGACAUUGUACUACAUGUAUAAUUUAAAAAUUUAGAUCAAAUAUUUUGUUUAAUUAAACAUUUUUGAGCAGCAA